AAAGAAAUAAACACACCUCUUUAUUGUUCACAAUUAAUGCUAUUUAUUAUAUAAUAUACCACACCCACAACACGUACAUUACUUUGCUAUAAAAUAAAUAAACAAAUAAAACAAAAUAAUUAAAAUUUACAGAUAAAAUAGUUAGGGCUAUAAAUAAUAAAGAUAAUAAAGCAAUAAUAUAAAUAACAUAAAUAUAAAUAAUAUUAUAAAAUAAUAAAAUAAUUAAAAAACUUUUUUUUUUUUUUAUUUGUUUUUUUAUUUUUUUUUAUAAAUAUAAUAAUUAAAUAAUAUGGACAUAUAAAUAAAUAAAAUAAUAGUAAUACUAUAUAAAAUAUAUAAUAUUAAUUAUAAUAUAAAACAAAUAAUUAAAAAUAAAAAUAAAUAAAUAAAAAUGAAUUUUAUUUUGGAUUUUUCAACGUUUCAUGCUAUGCUAUGGGGUCUAGUAAUUUACACAUUUGCAUAUAUAUAUUUCUACCCAACUUCUGCAGCUAGAUUUAUUUCAAAGAUAAGAAUUAUUAUAAAAUACUUUCCAUUAUUAUAUUCAAAGAAAACUCAAAUACUACCUUAUUGGAGAACAAUUUUAUUUCAUCAAGAUGAAAUUAUAGAUAGAUUACCAUUAUUCGAACCAUAUUUAGCAGAACUUAUCGAUUCAUUACCAUAUAUAGCACCACAUUUAGCAUUAGUUUUAGAGAAUUUAGACAAACUUGGCGCAGAUAAUAUACCAAAAAUUAUACAUAUUAUUCCAAAAGUAUACCCACACAUUCAAGAUAUCUUUAUUCACAUCGAUGCAAUCUCACCAAAUCUUGACGAAAUUUUAGACAAUUUCGAUAUUAUAGAACCAUACAUGGGUGACCUAUUACCAUUCGUCGAUCAAAUAUCACCACAUUUCAAACAAUUGGCACCCUAUUUAAAUGUUUUAUUACCAGAAUGCAAACACACUUUACCAUUCAUGAAAAAAUUAGAACCAUAUAUACCCAAACUUUUACCACAUUUACACUUUCUUUCCGUUUACUCUAGACAAUUAUUACCAUACAUUGACGAACUAUUACCACACAUCGAUAAAAUUUUACCACACUUGGUCCAUUUAGAUCCAUUAAUGCCGCUCAUUUCUAAAGAAAUAGAUGUUAUUUUACCACAUACUGAUGUUAUCUUUGACCACUUCUUUGAUAUCUUACCAUAUGCCAAAGAUAUUCUUCCUAAAACUAGACUGUUAGCACCAUAUGCUCAAUAUAUAAAACCUCAUCUCAAAGAACUAAAGCCACACAUCGAUAUCUUAAUCAAGAAUUGUGAUAAUAUAAUACCCUAUAUUCCCGUAAUCGAGCCACAUAUUCAAGAUAUUUUACCAUAUAUUAAAAUAUUAAUUCCACACAUCAACGAUCUACUCCCAUACGCCCAUAUUAUAGCCCCAAGAUGUGAAAUUCUUUUACCAUAUUGUCCAAAACUUUUACCACAUCUUAAUUUACUUUUACCACACGCCUCAUUGUUAAUGUAUCACUCACAUAAACUUAUUCCGCUAAUCAACAAACUUUAUCCAUAUAUUCCAUCACUUAUGCCACAUUUCAACUUUUUAAUUAAUCACAUUGACGAACUUUUAGAAUGCCAUCAAUCUCUACUCCCAUAUAUCGAUAUUUUAUUACCAAAGAUUCAAAUUCUCUUACCAUAUAGCAAAAUUUUAUUAAAAAGAGAAAAUAUUCAAAAACUAAUUCCAUUCAUUGGCACCCUAUCGCCAUAUGCACAUGCUUUAGUACCACAUUGUGAAGACCUAUUAAGACACAUCGACCAAAUUGCUGCCCAUAUGCAUGAGCUAUCCCCAUAUAUACCUGCUCUCUUACCCCAUAUGAAUGCCCUAAUGACCCAUAUUGAUCUUAUUGUACCACAACUGGACUAUUUAGCUCCACACAUGCAAUAUUUAGUUCCACAUAUGGAUGUUGUAGUCCCAAAUUUACCAAAAUUAUUAGAUAGAACUAGAUCAAUAUUACCUUACAUUCAUGAAUUAAUUCCAUCAGUUCAUCAAUUUAUUCCAUUAGUCAAUCAAAUUUCUGCAUCACUGCCAGACAGAACAUUAAAACCAAGCUACUCUCAAAACUCUUUAAAACCUGAAAAAACUCCUGAAAAAUCACAUAAAAGACAAAUUUCAGCAGGUAAUCUAAGUUCAAAUGCAAAUACAAAUGCAAAUACAAAUAUUUAUACGCUCAAUACUCCAAAUGGUACAUAUCAUAGUGUUGUUACAGGUAGUGGCGCCAACAAUGCCAAUAGCACCGGUGGUAUUACAAAUGAACAUAAAAAGAAUUCAUUAAGAGAUAAAUUAAAACACCAUUUCUUCAAAUCAAAUAAAGAAAUUGACGAAGAUGAUAUAGAGGAAAUUGAAAAAUUAGAUGGUGGUUUGAAAUCAUUUGAUAUAAAAUCGUAAAUAACAAGUAAUACUCGAGAAUAUAUAUAUAUUGUAAAUUAAAACUUUUUUUUUUUUUUUUAAAUAAAAAAAAGAAAAUAAAAAUAAAAUAAAAAUAAAAUGGAUAAUAGUAUGAUUAUUCAUUAAAGAAUAUCAAUU